AUGGCAGCACUUGCGGCUCUCCACGUACCGCAAAUUUCACAUGAAGAGCUCUUCGCAUUCCACGAAUCGCACUUCUCGCAUCUCUCGACGGCCGACUUUGGAGCCAGAUUUACCAGUUUGCCCGAGCCGGCAAGCGAGGAACCGCAGGAAGAUGGCAUUGAAGCACAGGAGGUAGAGCGUCAGGCUGCGACAGAGGUGGUUGACGGCGACGAGUACGACCCCGAGGCCACUUUUGACCUGCACUUUACACACGCGGACUUUGCAGCCACCUGCGAAGAUGGCGAGAUUCCCAACGAUGGAAUCGAAAACGGAAUGGAAAGCGAAAAGGAACAAGACAAGACGCGCAAGAAACGGCGACGGAGGAAGAACAACACCGGCAACAGCAAGGCGCGGCGCCAUCUUGGCCUCGGCAGCAACGGCAGCAACGGCGGCAACGGCGAACCCAAACACCCAAAGCCGGAUCUGCGCAAACGCACUUGGGACGUUGUCGACACCGGCCUUGGUAGUCUUGACUAUGACGGCGCCGAGCGCGGAGGCGAUGCGAUGCAGUCUGCGCCGCAACGGCGUCGUGUGCAGUAUGGCGAUGAGUGUAAGUGA